CUAAGCCCAUUGGACGUGCUUAACGGCGCAAUGGAUCGAGCUGUAAGCCUCAAAGCAUUUUUUCACUUUUGCAGGUGUCGCUUUGCACUUCCGCGGCAAUCCGUCAUUCCCAGUUCUUUCCUUUUUGGUAACUAGUUUCUUCCAGUUUCUUAGUCUCCAACUCGGUUGGAAGUGGGGCGGAACACAGCUGCAGGCUAUGACGGCUGGUUCUUGCAGCCAGGGUGUUGUCUCCAGAAAGCGCCACACCCGGUCGCGAGUCGCGUUGUGCCCGCGGCCGCGCUGCUCUGGGGCUGUUUGGCAAGCAGCGGCAUGGAGGAGACCUGGAACCGGGCAGUCAAAGGGCUGAGCGGCGUGAUGGGCUUCCUGAAACUGAGCCCCACGGAAGAGGAUAGCCCGCAAGCCGCGGCGGCAGCAGAGGCAGCCAAUGCAGAUACGUUACUUCCAGACGAGAAAGAAUUUCAACAUGCUGCUAAAACUAAUAAUCUUGAUACUAUGGAAAGACUAUUUAAGAAAAAUAUUAAUAUUAAUGCUGUAAAUAUUCAAAAGCGUACAGCACUCCAUUUUGCUGUUGCAGGAAAUCAUAUAUCUGCAGUGGACUUUCUACUCCAUCACAAAGCUAGAGUUGAUAAAGCAGAUAUGCAUGGACUUACUGCGAUUCAUCUUGCUGCCUGGUCUGGAAAUCUGGACAUAAUGCUGAUGUUAAUUAAAGCAGGUGCAGAUCAAAAAGCCAAGGACCAGGAAGGAAGGAAUGUCCUGCACUUCGCAGCUCAGAACAAUAAUGUUAGAAUCGUGGAUUAUUUUAUCCAGGAUCUUCAGCUGAAGGACCUUAAUAAACCUGAUGAGAAAGGUAGAAAACCAUUCCUUCUGGCAGCUGCAAUGGGCCAUGUAGAAAUGAUAGAUGAGUUGAUUUUCCUUAACUUAUUCACUUUGGAAAAAGACAAUGAAGGAAAUGCCGCAUUGCAUCUGGCUGCUAAAAAUGGUCAUAGUGAGGUGUUGGAAGUUCUUCUUCAACAAUGGGAGAAAAUAGAUGAGUUCAAUCAGAAUGGCGAAACACCAUUUCAUCUGGCUGUUGAAGGAGGCCAUGAAAAAUGUGCUGAUCUCUUGCUGGAAGCAGGAAGUGACAUCAACAUUUCAAACAAACACAAUAGCAGUGCUUUGCAUAUUGCAACCCAGAACGGACACACACCUUUGGUCAAUUAUCUUAUCAGUAAAAAUAUAGAUCUGGGUGCUAAACAUCAACAAAAGAAUUCUCCUCUCCAUUUGGCCAUUAUAAAAAAUAACCUUUCUGUGGUGAAUAAUUUAAUAGAUGCUAACCAUGACCUAAAUUCCCUUGAUGAGAGACAUCAAACGCCUUUACACCUGGCAGCAGACCUUGGAAAUGUGGAAGUAAUGGAAAUGCUGCUAAGGGCAGGUUGUGACCUCAACACUGUGGAUAAGCAAGGAAAAACUGCACUAGCUGUAGCUUCCAGGAGCAAUCAUGCUUUGAUCGUAGAUAUGAUUAUAAAAGCAGAGAGAUAUUACACCUACAAACGGGAGCAUCUCCAAACUGAUGGUGACCUGUCAAAUGAUGAUCUAUCUUUUAAACAAGAUCACAGUUUGCAAACCAAACAGAUCCGCUCCUCCCUCUGGAAUCUGGCUUACAAUCAGUUAAAAGUGCAGGAGUGGAAAAAAUUGGCACAGUUCUGGAAAUUUACAGAUGAGCAAAUGAAAGCUAUUGAAGAACAGUGGACAGGGAAGAAAAGCUACAAGGAACAUGGACACAGAAUGUUUCUAAUCUGGUUGCAUGGUGUGCUAAUGGCUGGCCAGAAUCCAGUUAAACAUUUAUAUGAGGAUCUGGUAAAAGGAGGAUUUAAACCAUUAGCUGAGAAGAUCCGAACAGAGAAUAAUGCUGGCACAGAUUCCAAGAAAUGCACAAUUUCAUGAACCAAUUCACAGAAGAGAUCUUGAAACUAUAUUCUAGAGUGAUUUGUGAAAAAACUGCUUUAAAAGUUGCACAUGUGCUCCCCAUGUAUUUCUUCUUAUGUACUAAAAUUUUUGUGUAUUUGUGAA